AUGAGUGCGACUGACGCUGCUCAGUCCAUGCUUCUCAACGCCGACCCGACUCUGGCCGAGGUCCCAGGCUUCACCAGAGAGCAAUUGGAUGGCUUGGCCCGCAGUGUCGAGCUGAGGCGCCAGCAGCUCGAGCAGGACAUUCAGCACUAUAUUAGGGCCAAGCAGCAAGAACUGCGCCAGCAUGAGCAAGAGCUUGUUAACCGGUACCGCUCAAUGGAAUGCGAUCAACAAUCAGCCUCUGCCCAAGGCACCUGCACUACUAAUGCUGAGCACAUUGUUACGUCGCCCGACCCGAGGGAGUCUGAGCCUGACCCAGACCCGGAGCCCGAAGAGAGGACCAGGCAGAAGAAGCACACCAAGGUGCACAAGCGGGAGAAGGAGCUCUAUGGCUUAGUCACGCCAGUGUUCCUGCCACUACUCGACGCACGCGACACGUCGCCCGAGAAGAAGAAGAAGAAGUUGUCGAGGCCCGAGAUUGUGCAUCGUGCCUACAGCGCACCGAGCAUAUCCGAGGCGGGCGCAUCGAGAGAUGCCGAGCACGCCCAAGAGGACCGGAAGCCCAGGAUGGAUCCUAGGGACAUGGAUGGCAUAGCACUGGGAGAGACCGUCAAAGAGAAGCAGUCCGCAGACACAGCAGCAACAGCAGCAACAGCAGCAGCAGCAGCAGUAGCAGCGAGGAAGUCGAAGCGCUCCACCAUGAAGAAGUCAGCCCUGCGCCACAAGGACACGCCCCGGUCGCGAUCUUCCCGCAAGAGAGUCAGUCUGGUUAUCGACGGCCACACUGUCCUUCCAGCAGAUACUGUCGACGAGCCGCCUCUCACAUCACCCAGCAGCGAAGCUACAUCGGCCUCCAAUUCAACCGCCUCUCUCGACGACUUGAUAGAUCCGCGCCUCACGACACCAGAGACACCUGUCUAUCUCGAGCACCGCGACGCCGUCCACCAUAGCCUCCCACUCCCAAUGACCAAUGCGAUUCGCUCAGCAACCAAAGCGCUCUCUGAAGCUCAAGCACCCAUUUCAAUUGCAGCCGACCACUCACCGCCCUCUCCGCGCUCCCCAAGCAUACCUUUCACCGCCGCGCAAACAGCAACACGCUCAUUCUUCGAUCUGCCACCUAUGAGCCAGCACGCACAGUCGAUCCCAGAAACCGCCGGCUCUGAGCCCAUCUACCCCAACUCGACCGCCACAUCCGCCGAACUCGAAAGCGACGAGCUCGCCGACGAAGACCCAAAUUUCAAUACUUACGUAGGCGGUUUGCACGGCUCGGGCGUCGAUGACGUAAACCAGGUGGGCAGCUACGGCUACCCGAGCAGUCUGGGCGCAAGUUACAUGGAGAGCUACAUGCAGAAUCGCCCACUGAGCGUGAGGAUGCAGGCCGCGAACAAGGCGGGUUUGGGCGACAUUGAGAAGAGGAUUCUACUCGAAGAGAAGGAAGACGAAGACGAGGAGGAGGAGGAGGAGGAGGAGGUUGAAGAUGAAGACGAAGACGAUGAUUUUGUGACUCAUUCACAGGUGGAGAGGGGUAGAACACAAGACAAGGACAAGGAUGACGAUAACUUCAUGGGCGACAUGGACGAUUUCUGA